CACCUCCGCGGCAGCAGGCCCACCACGGAGGCCGAGUUCAUCGCGUGGGGGCCCACGGGGGAGGAGGAGGCCCUGGCGGCCAACACGAUUCCCGAUGGCCCCACCACCGUCUCCUACUUCCAGACGCGGAAGACCACCACGGCCACGGCCACCACCGUCGCCACGGCCACCACGGCCACCGCCCUGACGCUGCAGACUAGGGGGGUCACCGCGCCCCUGGACCCCAGGAACAGGGUCCCGGCUGGGCUCAGCACCACGGAGCCUUCCACCAGCCCCAGCAGAGACAGCGGCAAAGACACCAAGCCCCCGCGGAUUCUGGGGGAGACCUCAGGUCUGGCCGUCCAUCAGAUCGUCACCAUCACCGUCUCCCUCAUCAUGGUAAUAGCUGCUCUGAUCACAACUCUUGUCUUAAAAAACUGCUGCGCGCAGAGCGGGCACCCCCGCAGGAACGGCCGCCCACGGAAGAUGGACCAGCAGGAGGAGAGCUGCCAGAACCUGACGGACUUCCCGCCGGCGCGCGUGCCCAGCAGCCUGGACAUCUUCACGGCCUACAGCGAGGGCCUGCAGUGCUCCCACGAGUGCGUGCGUGCCUCCGUGCCCGCCUACGCCGACGAGACGCUGCGCUCCGUGGGCGAGUACAAGUCCACGUUCGUCGGGAACCGACCCUCCUCUUCGGAUCGGCACCUCAUCCCCGUGGCCUUCGUGUCUGAGAAGUGGUUUGAGAUCUCCUGCUGACUGGCGAAGCCUUUUUUACCUCCUGGGGGCAGGGCGGACGCAGUGUGUCUGUGUCACGGAUCCCGUGGGUGAACCUGUAAAAAACUCAACUACACUUACAAACUUAAAACUACACUAUGUGAGGGAGGCUCGCCGCACUCCCACCGCUGUGUGCCGGCGGGGACUCGGAGCAGGACGCUAGAGGCCAAAUAUAUUUUUAUAGAGAAGCUCGCGCCUACGGGGCUGCCCGCCCCCAGCACCAGAGGACGAGGGGAGAAUGCCAGGCGGACCGGAGGCCGAGGCAGCCGGCCCAGCGCAGAGGCGGACGCCCCCGGGGAGGCGGGCGCCGUCCACGCUUCUGACUGUGCCAACAAUACCGUUAUGUGCCAUGCAGGACCCGAGGGACCUGGUGAACCGCCGAGCCACGCGCGCCCGCGUGGGAACCUCACGGGAAGCAGGGCUGGGCAUCCCUUCCGCAGAGUCGCUGUUUCUGGGGAUAUCGAUGUAUAUAAAUAUAUAAACACACACACACACUUUUUUGUACUGUAGCAAUUUUUGAAUAUCUUCGAUGUUCCUUUUUAAAAAAAAAAUAAGUGUUAUCGGUCACCAAACCCGACUGGUGUAACAUGCUUAGUACGGACGGAAUAAAGUGGUGUUUUCUACCUUGCAGACGCACACACGCACACACUACACGCCGGCUCGCACACCUGCACACACCCCCACACACAAACGUAUACGCGCACAUAUAUAUAUGCAUAUACUGGACAUGCAGUCCGAGUGGGCAUAUUUCUUUGGGGGGGGUUCUGGUCCCUCAUUGCCACCCGUUCUGGGGGACCGCCUCCUCGACCCACAGACCCUCCAAUGGCGUGUCCCGCGUUUGCAGUGUUGGGUGAGAGGCGCCAGGCGUGCGGCGUGUUCCUCGGGCUGGAUGAAGAAGGCGUGGUUUUAUAUACAUACCCCUAUAUAUACAUAUAUGUACGCACACACGUCAUGUUACCGUUUUUUACCUGACUGUUGGAAGAAGCCACUAAGAGCCAUGUGGGUAUUUAUGUAGCAGCUGCUCGCCCUGGGCCCGGGCGCCAUCGGGCGGGGGCAGGGUCUUGGCCAUCUUCGUGUUAUCCAAGCGUAGAUCGAAUUAAAGACAUUUUCCAGUUCCAACAA